AUGGCAGAAAAGCUGAACAGAUACGUCGAUGGGCUCAACAGGUCAACCGUUCCGCCCGUGGACACCACCGCCUUCAGCAUGGCCAAGGCCGGGAGUGAAGCCCGCCUCUUCGUCUCGUGGAAGAAAGGAAGUGGGAAACACUACACCCAACAAAUCGAUGGACUCGUGGCUUACCGCCCUGAACAUUACCUCCUGCCUCGCACAUUUGUCCGCAACGUCGUUGAAUGGGGCCAAACCACUGGUCUGGCACAGGUCGGGGCUGUUCUUGAGGCCGUUCUAAAAGGACCAGUGAAGGGAUCUCACAAUACCAUGGAGGGUCCUACUGAACCAGGCACCAGGCGCAGCCUCAGACGUCGGAAGUGA